ACGCCUUGUGCUGUCUGGGUAAUGAUUUAAUUAAUUUUACGGUUGUAAUUUAAUUAAAGAUGCACGAACGUAAGUGGCUCUAUAAGUAUCAAUGGACAACCACGAAAAGUUCGGGAAUUCAGGAAGAUGUCAUGUUACGUCAUGCAAGAAAAUGUUGUGCAGCCGAAUCUCACGGUCAUUGAAGCAAUGACAUUCGCCGCCGACCUGAAGCUUGGCAAAAGAAAAUCCCGAUUUGAGAAAUGCGUUAUCAUAGACGAGAUUCUGAAUACUCUCAGAUUGUCUGCUUCACGAAACACAACCUCGGAGAAACUGUCCGGUGGCGAAAAGAAAAGGCUGAUGAUCGCUCUCGAGUUAGUGAAUAAUCCACCGAUUAUCUUUCUUGACGAACCGACCAGGUAAGUGCACAAAAUGCAAGUAACUUUAUCUAAAGUUGCU